AUGUCCUCGUCCGACUCCAACGCACCAAUCGCGAAGAUGCAACCGACUCAGAAGACCGAAGUUGAUGCUGCCCAGGCAUCUAAGACAACAUCAAAUCCGCCCCCAGCCAUGCUCGAGGAGGAUGAUGAGUUUGAGGAUUUUCCGGUUGAAGACUGGUCGCAGGAAGAUGCAGAGGUACCCGGCGGGACUACACAUCUCUGGGAGGAGAGCUGGGACGAUGACGAUGCGAAUGAAGAUUUCAGCAAGCAACUGAAGGAGGAGUUGAAGAAAGUCGAGACAAGCAAAUAG